UUAUAAGAUUUAAAAGUUGCAAAUAUGACAGCUGAAAACUCCCCAUCGCUCACUGAAGGCCUCUAUAUGAACACAGAAAUAGACCAUAUUUCCUACUUCCGCAUUAAAUUUGGAGUAACUGAAAACAGCUCUAUGAAAGUGAAGUUAUGUGGCUUGUGCUCAUAUAGUGUUGAGCUGUCCAGCAGUGAGCAUCUGUAUAUGAUGAAGAGUUUUCAGCUUUCUUGUUUCCAACUCCUGUAUCUUCUAACAGCAGCAUUACUAGAACGUAAAGGUGAAACAGAGAGACCCUGCAAGCAGGUUCAUCAGUUAAACAUAAGAUAUUUACUUAGUGACAACAUGUCUAUUUCUUGCCAAACAACAACCCACCCGCUGGAUUCUCUGACAGUCAAACUACGCAGUAUCAACCAAGAUAAAGUCAUCCUGAUGUCUCCAGACAUCUCUCCAGCAUCAGAGCCCCAGAGAUGGUCUGUGAGGAAAGAUGCUGGAAAUGUUACACUUGAUCUGAAAGACAUCAGAUCAUCCGAUGGUGGUCUUUAUGACUGUCAGGUCUACAAGGAUCAGGACUGCCUUCAUACAACUCGAUUUAACCUGAGUAUUAUAAAGUGUAAAAUUUUGAACUCUGUCCAUCCAACCCCAGGCUCUUCAGUGUUGCUGCCAUGCUCUGAACAUCCUCUACAAAACAGAACUGAACCAGUCACUUGGAAAGUUGUUAAUGGUCACCAAUUAACAGAUAUAUUAAAGUAUCAUGCUCCAAACAAGCCCUCAAGCAGCACAGAGAAAUCCCCGGACCCCCUGUACAUGAGAGCGAAACCACAAAACAAUGGAUCUUUGCUUAUAAUGAAUGCAGUACAAACGGAUGAAUUGUGGUAUCAGUGCAGAGUGAAUGAAAAAACCUGCUAUGAGACGAAGCUGGUGAUGAAAGUUAUAGCUCACGAUACAUCUCGUUCCACAACACUGGCAACCAUAGCCUCUCCUGACAGUCUUGCUGGCCUGACUGAAAGCAACAAUGGGAGUGAAACAGUGACAACAAAUCUGACAGUAGUAGUGAUGACCACAGUAGUGUCUCUGUGUGUCCUCAUAUCACUGACUGUCUGUGCCAUUCUUUAUUUCAAAAAACAAAGGCGCAAAACCAACAGUCAAACAGAGUUAAACAGUCUUUUCUCUGUAUAUUACUCCCAUGUUGCAGAAGGGUUUGAUGUCCCGGUUUAUUCUUUAGUUGAACGAAAUGCAGGAACAAUGACCACCUUUGGUGCUGAACAAUCAGAAGCUCCGGCAUAUAAACCAGAUGAAAUGUAUGAAAAGUUCCCAUUUUGAAGUGAAUAGUGGCAUUUUUUAUGUUUUUUGACAUCAAAGUCUUUGAGUAAUCACUAAUUAUAUGGCAUUUGUCACAAAUUAUAAUAAAGGGUAACGUAUUUUAUACACAAAUAGUUCUGGGUGGCACUCUCUUAGGCUCCUUGUAAUGCAGUUUUCAUGUAUAACUAUGUUAUCAUGAGCUUUGAAAUAUUUUUUUUUUCAAACUCAACAUAAAAACAGUCAAAACAACUGUAAGCCUUUUAACAUGUUCAUGGAUUUUCCUUG